UCUUUACUUCGUAAGAUUUUGCAAUUUCUAUUGGUGUUUAUCAUUACUGUUUUACAUUUACUUUGAUAGUUUGAUUGUAGAUCAGUGUUUUGAAUAUACAAAGCCAUUCAGUACCUUUCACAAAGCUGAAACCAUGCCUCAAAACGAACACAUAGAGCAGUCACGGAAAAGACAUGGUUAUCGACUUGACCACUUUGAYCGAAAGCGCAAAAAGGAAGCUCGUCAGGUACAUGAGCAAGCAGAACAMGCAAAGAAACUUCAUGGCUUAAAGGCCAAACUUUACAAUAAGAAGAGACAUGCAGAGAAAGUGCAGAUGAAGAAAACACUCAAAAUGCAUGAAGAAAAGYAAACUAAAACUAGAAAAAAUGAGGCUCCAGAAGGAGCUGUUCCAGCUUARUUGCUUGACAGAGAGGGACAAUCUAGAGCUAAAGUGCUYAGUAARAUGGUGAAACAGAAAAGGAAAGAAAAAGCAGGGAAGUGGGAUGUUCCAUUGCCCAAAGUUCGUGCAGUUGGUGAAGAUGAAGUAUUCAAYGUGGUAAAAACUGGAAAAACRAAAAAGAAGGGAUGGAAGAGAAUGGUAACCAAAGCUUGUUACGUUGGUGAAGGGUUUACACGAAAACCCCCUAAAUUUGAAAGAUUUAUCAGACCCAUGGCUUUACGUUACAAGAAAGCUCAUGUAACGCAUCCAGAGCUCAAAGCCACAUUUCAUUUACCUUUAAUAGGAGUUAAAAAGAAUCCACAGUCAUCGUUAUAUACACAGUUAGGAGUCAUUACUAAAGGAACUGUUAUUGAAGUUAAUGUCAGUGAAUUAGGUCUUGUUACACAAGGUGGUAAAGUUGUUUGGGGAAAAUAUGCACAAGUGACAAAUAAUCCWGAGAACGAUGGCUGCAUCAAUGCUGUUUUACUCGUUUAACUCUAAAAUAACAUCAAAUUUAUCAUUUGAACUUGAAAACUGAGUUACUAAUAUAUGAGAAAAUCACAUCAUGUGGUGCUUAUAGCCCUUUAUAUCUGGUACAUUUACGACAUCAAAAAUACAUGUAWAUUUCAUGCAUCACGUCRGUGUUCUGCUUCACUAAGGUAGUAGGAAGAAGUAGGGACAGGAGUUGUGUUUAAAACAGUUAAAUAAAGUGAAAAAUGAUAACCAAAGAACUUUAGUAAUGUAAAGUAGAAUAUUCCAGUGCCAAAUUCAAACUGGUAGUUUUUUCAUGGCAUGGACUGAUGGGCAGAUURUCAUUUUAAGYACAGGAGGSAAUUUGUCAUGCUGUAUUCUGAUCCAAAUCAUGAUAAAACUAUGGCUUGAUGAUAUAUAUUGAUUUUUUUUAUUAUUAGUUGGCAUCUAAAUACCAAGUUGAAACAAUAAGGUUGUAAUCGUUUGUUAUAGUGUUCCACAAACUGACAAAGAAGUGAUUAAAUCACUACACACAGCUGUACAAAGAAGUAUGUUCACUGAGCUCUAUACUGGUACACACAUACACAUGCGAAAUUACCUCCUAUAAAUUUGUUUCUUUUCCACAAUAUUCUUGCUUUCAAAUCUGUUCUCAUUUAUGAAUUGGAGGUGUAAAAGUGGAAUCAGAAUUGGAAGAAAUCUGACUCUGUUUUCAAGGUUUUGUGCCCCAGAUUCUACUUCCCACAGAAUUGAAAGCCAUUAAUUUAAAGAAUAUGUGAAGCAAUUAAAUGAUAUUUUCUUUUACUCAUGAGGUUUAACAAAUGAUUCUGACAAUAUCUUACUAACUAGUAUAACAUGUUUGAACUUUGAGUCUGAACUUUGUCAGAUUCUUCAUARGUAGCAUAAAAGAGUUUCUGGCAGUUAUAUUAUAUACAUGUGUUGUUCUGUAGUUGCCUACAAACUGGGCAGUUCACUUAAUCUAUAUCACAUCAACUAUAGUCAUCAACUUGACUUUGUAAAUUCACAAUUAAAUGUCAAMUUCUGUGAGAAGAGAGAAAGUUUUACAUGUAUAAGGUUUAAAAAGUAAAUUCUUUUCUUGGGGUAAUUUGCAGAAUUGGUUAUCUUUGUUUCCAUAAACGAAAAUGUUUUUAAAUAAAAGAUUUUAAAAUAUCCA